CCCCAAGCGGCGGCCGCCGCUGCUUGCCAGCCCAGCGCCGCGCCGGAGAGCGCAGCGGCGGCGGCGGGAAAGGGCUGCGUACCCGCGGCCCCGCGUCGCGCCCUCGACGACGCGGGCCCGGCCUCGACGCCCUCCGCCCGCUCCCGGGGCAGUAAGAAGACAUGCUGGAUAACCAAGAGCUGUAGACUGUGCAGAUAUCUGUGGCCUUAUUAAGCAGGUUGAUAGCAUCAAUUCUAGACAGAUGUGUAAAUAGGCACAAGUGGCUGGUGGCUGCCAUAUUGACUGCAGUUCUGGAAGUUGGAGAGAGCUAUGACACAAUAAAUUAAAUUAAAAGGUCCUAUUACUGCUGGACUGUGCAAGAUAAUUAACUCUGUUUUAUUUGAGGUAUGACUUAAAUAUCAAACAUCUUAAGUAAGAAAAGGGAAACGUUUUAGUUUUGGAAGUCAGAAUGCCAAGGAGAAGGAAAAACCUUGGGGGAAAUCCUUUUCAGAAGACUGCAAACUCUAAGGAAGUUGUUGUAUCCAGUGUUGCUAGUCAUGAGGAGCCACCCACUACUCUUCUUUCCAUGUGUGAGACAAAAGUUGAUCAGGAAGAACUCGUCACCAGUAUGUCAGAGAUGUUUUCUGCUCUGGAUCCCGAUGUAGUGUAUUUGAUGCUUUCUGAAUGUGAUUUCAAAGUUGAAAAUGCCAUGGAUUGUUUAUUAGAAUUAUCUGCUACUGAUGCCAAGAUAGAAGAAUCAUCUUCAAAAAGCUUCAUUGCUUCUGAGAACCGAGUAAGUGCUGUAGGACGUGAAAUAAUGGAAAAGUGUCCUGAAGAAGAGAAUGAAGAUUCAAAAAUGGAUUCAUUUUUGGAUAUGCAGCUAACUGAAGACUUGGAUUCCUUAAUACAGAAUGCUUUUGAGAAACUGAACUCUUCUCCUGAUGACCAAGUAUACCCAUUUUUGCCUUUGCAAGAUGUUAACAGUUUUAGUGACCCAAGUGCAUUUAUAAAUUCAGAUUCAAGUAGUAUGACUCCCAUUCUUUCUACACAAAACAUAGAUCUGAGCAGUGAAAAUUUAGAGAAUUCAGCCUCUCUGUUAAGUUCAGACCCCUUAAUGUCACAGUCAGUUUUGAAUGAGUCCAAAAGUUUUAUAAAGGAUAACACAUUGGCACUGGAAGAUUGCCUCCUCAGUAGUUCUUUAAAUGUAGCAAAUGACAGUAUAGUGGAUUGUAGCAGUCUCAAUCAAAGAGAGAAAGAGCUUUUAGAAUCUGAGUGUGUUGAGACUCAGGUCUCUCAAGCUCAUGUAAAUUUGGAUGCCAGUGAACCUCAGGCUCCUUUAAACCUUAUUGUGCAAAAUCCGGGGCAUGGUUUGGUAGGUAUAGGGGGGGAUCAGCAAUCUACUUCUGUCCCUGAUGUGUUUGUACCUUCUGAAGAAUUCAGUUUCAAGCCACACAAACAUAAUGAACUGCUGCCAAAGGGGAAGGAUGUGAAUUAUUGCCCAGUACUUACCCCUCUCCCUCUCCUGCUGCCUCCUCCUCCACCUCCACCAUUGUGGAAUCCAAUGAUUCCUGCUUUUGACCUCUUUCAAGGAAACCAUGGCUUUGUAUCUCCUGUUGUAACCACAACUACACACUGGAGACCUGUCAACUAUACGUUUCCUCCCCCAGUUAUUUCUCACACUUCUCCAACAAAGGUAUGGAGAAAUAAAGAGGGAACAAAUGCUUAUCAAGUACAAGAAACUCCAGUUUCUCAGGUUGUAAGAAAGAAGGCAUCAUCUUAUAUUGGACUAGUUCUUGUUCUUCUCAGAGGGCUUCCGGGAUCAGGAAAAUCUUUUCUGGCAAGGACUUUGCAAGAGGAUAAUCCAAGUGGAGUCAUUCUUAGUACUGAUGACUACUUUUACAUAAAUGGACAGUACCAAUUUGAUGUAAAGUACUUAGGAGAAGCACAUGAAUGGAACCAGAAUCGUGCAAAAGAAGCAUUUGAGAAGAAGGUUUCUCCUAUAAUAAUAGAUAAUACAAACCUACAGGCAUGGGAAAUGAAGCCAUAUGUUGCUUUGUCUCAGAAACAUAAAUAUAAAGUCCUUUUCCGGGAACCAGAUACAUGGUGGAAGUUUAAACCAAAGGAACUUGCAAGGCGUAAUAUUCAUGGGGUAAGCAAAGAUAAAAUAACAAGAAUGUUGGAACACUACCAACGUUUUGUUUCAGUCCCAAUAAUCAUGAGUUCUUCGGUUCCAGAGAAAAUUGAACGUAUUGAGAUGUGUGCAUAUUCAUGUGAGGACAGAAUUACUAGCCCAAAGGACAGUGAAGAUAUUUCCUUUGAAAAAGAAGAAAAUGUUGUAUCCUCAUCUUUGAAGCAUGUAGAGUUAACUGAAGAGAAGAAACUUGUAAUGACCAAAGAAACUAUGGUACCUCAGAGUGUUACAUAUCUCCCCAAUGCAGAUUUAAGCCCAGGAAGAAAAGAAACUGGUGGUAUGAGUCCUAACAUUCAGAGUGCUUUCAUUCAGGAAGUUCCAGACAUAUAUUUUUCUGAUUCUGAAAGCCAAGUACAAGUAACAGACAAAAGUGAAAAAGAAGAGCAAGUAGAAAUGUCUUCUGAAAAAGAAUGUAGUAAAACCAGUGUAGAUAGUUGUGUAGAGAGAGAGUCACCAAGUAUUUUCUGUGAUGAAAAUAACCAAGCAGUCUGUGAUCUUUCAAAUACUGUACCUCUUCAAAAUGAAAAAUCUUCACCUGGUGAAAUGUUGGAAGAUAGAACAACAGUAAAGAAAAAAGCCUUUGGAAAACAAAAGAGCAAAUCACCUUUGGAAAAGUUCCCAAGACAUGAGUUAACAAAUUUUGUUGGUGACUGGCCAGUUGAUAAGACUAUUGGUCAGAGGACAAAAAGGAACCGGAAAACUGAAAAAUCUUCAUCUAUACAAAGUGACAAAAAGCAUAAUCGCACUCAGUCACACAAAGUAUUAGAUAAUAGCCUAUAUGCAAGUAUAGAUCAUAUCCAGCAACGAGGAUCUCCACCUGGAAGUGUAGAGGAUGACAAGGUGACACAGGGUGAUGAUACUUCAGAAUCUUUCAAUAGCUGUAAAUACAAUACUUGCAAAAAUACUGAAAAAAACUCAUUUGACAUCAUGGGUGACUGGCCAUCAUCUGAUUCUUUAGCUCAGAGAGAACACAAAUCAAGAAUGCCAAAAGCAGGUUUAAAUGAACCCAAGCUAGAAUUUGGAACUAAUGAUAGUAUGAAUGAAAUAUCCUUAUAUAAGGCACAUGAAGCCUGUUGGGGCACAAGCCCUGAAGAACUAAAAACAUUGGGUAGUUCUACUCUCGAAAGUUCUGAAAUGCUAUCCAAUGAAAUGGCCCAGGAGGAUAAAACUUGUCCAAGUGAAAAGAUUUAUAGGCAAUGCACACUGUCUCUUACAAAUAGUGUACCAACUAUUCCUGGAGUAGUAGGACCACAGUCUUUAGCUGAAUUUCCAGAAGGAGAGCCUCAAGAAUUCCCUGGAAUAGAAGUAGGCAUGUGUACCCAGACUGAACCACAGGAUUUUGCUCUCUUAUGGAAAAUAGAAAAGAAUAAUAUUAAUGUUUCAGAUUCUGUGAGAGUUUUAACAGGAAGAUUAGAUGGAUUUAAACCAAAAACUUUCAAUAUUAACACAAAAUUAGAUGUUCAAGAAACAAUUCCAUAUAGGGUAAUGUAUGAUAAAAGCACAUAUGUUGAAGAAAGUGAGCUUACCAGUGCUGAUGAAUCUGAAAAUCUUAACAUUCUUUGUAAACUGUUUGGAUCCUUUUCAUUAGAAGCCCUAAAAGACUUAUAUGAGAGAUGUAACAAAGAUAUUAUUUGGGCCACAAGCCUUUUGUUGGAUUCUGAAACUAAAUUAUGUGAAGAUACUGAAUUUGAGAAUAUCCAAAGAUCAUAUGGUGAAGCACAAAUUGGGCCAUUUUCUCUGGGACUGAAUUUGAAGGAAAUUAUUAGCCAAAGAGGUACCUUAGAAGAUUCUAGUUCUUCUCUGCCAGAACUUAGCCAUGGAAUUGGCAUCACUAACAUUGACGUGCAGUCUCCCUGUGAUUCAGAAAAGGGAAACUCAGAGCAGGCAGAAGUAAGAGCUAUAAAUACUGAAAAACCCGGAUUAAUAACAACUAUAUUUCCCAAUGCCACUGUAGAUCUAAAGAAUACUAAUGAUGUACUUCCUAAUUCUCAAACAGAACUUUCAGGUUUAUAUAACAUUAAGCAGUUUUUUCCAGGUAGUCUAAAAGCUACUAUUGCUAAGGAUGUGAAUGAAAUGGAGAAGAAUGUAGAAGUCAUAGAGGUUAGAGACAGUAUACAUUCGUCUUUGAAUUUGUCUGAUAUUUUAAAUUCUGUAUCGAGCACUUCAAAUCUUGAAUUAAAUGAAGAAGUUGAUUUUACUGACUCUUUUGAAAUAAAGAAAAAUGAAAAUCUCUCAAGGGAUUAUGUGAAAUUUUCAAACACAGAAGAAUUUAUGAAUGAGGAUGAACAAGAAAUGGAAAAAAUUCUAAUGGCAGGGAGUACUUUGUCAGCUGGAAUUAAUGAAGAAGACAAAACUGAGAUGUUGAAUCCUACACCGGUGAUGGCCAAAUCUCUGACGAUAGACUGUCUGGAACUGGCUUUACCUCCUGAACUGGCUUUUCAGCUCAAUGAAUUAUUUGGCCCUGUUGGUAUUGAUUCAGGGUCUCUAACAGUUGAGGAUUGUGUGGUUCAUAUAGAUCUGAAUCUGGCUAAAGUGAUUCAUGAGAAAUGGAAAGAAUCUGUAAUGGAGCGACAAAGACAAGAAGAGGUAUCCUGUGGCAAGUUUAUGCGAGAUCCUUCCCUGGUUGGGCCUAUUGGUUUUGAUAAUCCUGAACAAAAAUCAUCUCAGAGAACAGGCAAAAAAUUACUGAAGACUUUAGCAGCACCUGAAAUGCUACCCUUAUUGGAUCAUUGGAAUAUUCAAACUAAAAAAGUAUCACUCAGAGAAAUAAUGUCAGAAGAAAUUGCCUUACAGGAAAAAAAUGAUUUGAAAAGGGAGCCACUUACGUUUGAAAAAGAUUGUGCCACUAAACUAAAAGAGAAGCAGCUUUUUAAGAUAUUUCCGGCCAUUAACCAAAAUUUUCUGGUAGACAUUUUCAAGGACCACAACUAUUCAUUAGAACACACAGUACAAUUUCUAAACUGUGUUCUUGAAGGAGACCCUGUAAAAACAGUUGUAGCGCAAGAGUUUGUUCACCAAAAUGAGAAUGUCACUUCUCAUACUGCACAGAAGUCUAAGGAGAAAAAGGCAAAGAAAUUGAAAGAGACUGAAAAUACACCAAGCGAACCAUCUUUCCAGGAUUUUGAGUACCCAGAGUACAAUGACUAUAGGGCAGAGGCUUUUCUGCACCAACAAAAGAGGAUGGAAUGCUACAGCAAGGCAAAAGAAGCUUAUCGGAUGGGGAAAAAAAAUGUUGCCACAUUUUAUGCCCAGCAGGGUAGUCUCCAUGAGCAGAAGAUGAAAGAAGCCAAUCACCUUGCUGCUGUGGAGAUCUUUGAGAAAGUCAAUGCCUCCCUUUUGCCACAGAAUGUUUUAGAUCUUCAUGGGCUGCAUGUGGAUGAAGCUAUAGAACAUUUGAUGACAGUUUUACAGCAGAAAACUGAAGGCUGUCUUCUGCCCGUGCAAAGCCCUCCAGACUGAAGUACCAGGACAUACUGUCAUUGUCACUGUUUGUGGCAGGCCUAUCCCUGCUGGCAGAAGCUAGACAGAAAAACAGAAGCCAAGCUCCAGAAGAUUGCCAACCUCCUUGGCAACAUGAGUGCUGUCUUGUACCUUACCUAUUGCUGCUAUGAUUUGUGUUUCUGCUACCUUUGCUCCCAGGGAUAAUGCUGGGCGGCAGUUCCCAUGCAGUAUGGCCAGAGAAGCAGUUCAGGCCUAUCUGAUGAUGUCUAGGUUUGGUUUUGGAUUAUCCCCUAAAAUGGGAGUAGGUAUUAUAGGUUGAAUUUUGUCCCCCAGCCCCCUUGCUGCCAAUUCAUUUGUUGAAGUCCUAAUCCCCAACACUACCAGAUGUGAUCUUAUUCGGCUCUUUACAGAGGUAAUCAGGUUAAAAUGGGAUCAUAUGGGUGAGCCUUAAUCUAAUACACUGGUUGUUAUCCUUAUAAAAAAGGGAAAUUUAGACAGAGAGAUAUAUGCAUAGAGGGAAAAUGAUAUGAAGAGACCACAGAAGACAGCCAUCCACAAGCCAAGGAGAGAGGCCUGUAACAGACCCUUCCCUUACAGGCCGCAGAAGGAACCAGCCCUACCACCACCCUGACCUUGGACUUUAAAUCACCCUGUCUGUGGUACUUGGCUACGGAAGCCCUAGCAAACCGAUGUAGUGGGUUUGAUUUUGUGUUUAAGUCUGUGACAGUGACUAUUUCACUGCAACCUUUUGUCUUUUUGCAAAAGCAUCACCCAGUAUUCCCUAUAGGUAUCUCUGAGAGUACAUCCAGAUGACACCUCCCUGAUAUAGCCUUUUUGCUUCCCCAUUCCCUCCUACUCCCUCCCUCGCCCCCAGAAAAAAGGAGCAUUUUCAUGUAUAUCUAGUUCUACUCUCACCAUCAAUAGAAGGAAUUCCAUUGCAAUUAGGCCAGCUCCCCUCUCUUUUCAGAGGGGCUGAUUUAGGAAACCUGUCUGUUUUACCACCUCAGUAAGCUGUUCAGGUCCUGUAUGUGAGCAAAUCUGCAACCCAAAGUUGCAAAAGGCAAUUGGCUACCCUAACCCCACGAACUUUCUGGAAGGUACCCUGUGAUGACAAAGAGUCAAUAAUAAUAUCAUCCUUGCUAUAAUAGCUGGAUGAGGAUUCAAAUGUGAUUUCUACCAUGUUAGGUCCUGUGGGAUACAGCCCCUGCCCUGCUGGGACUGUAUAGACUAGCAGGUAAGAUAAUAGGACACAUAAUUGCUAUUCCCUGAGGCAGUGUUUAUUGUAAGUACUACAUUAGAGGUGUGGGGAACAGAGAAGGAAGUAUAUUUUGACUGGGAUAGCCAGGAAAGACUUCAUGGAAGACAAAACACCUGAGCAGGGUUUUGACAGAGGCAGAUAGAGGGAAAUGUGCUCUGUGCAAGGAGACAGUGUAUUCAAAGGUUCAAAGUGAUGGUCAGGAUAUUCCCAGCAAACCUCCUUUCUAAAGGGAGCCUGAAAACAAUCUGACAUGCAGAGGGAGUACACCGGCGUAAGUGAACCAGUUAGCUGCAGUCAAAUUGUUCUUGCUCUGGAGCCUGGACCAGACUCCCAUUAAAGAUUUUGAAUAUCACCCCUACUGGUAAACCAGCAUUUCCUUUUCUCCAAGUUAUAACUUUCUCUUCUCCUCCCCUCCCUUUCCUUCUCUAUUUUCCUUUUCUUUUUUCUUUUCUCUCUCUGGAACUGAUUAUAAAAAAGAGAAGGCACAGAUUUGAAGUUUUUACCUAUAAAACCUUUCUUGAUUUAUUUCUGAUUAUAAAAGCAAUAAUGCAUCUGAGAAAAACACUGGAAAUACAAAGACAGGUGUAAAGAGAAAAGAAUUUAAAAACUCUUCACUAAUCCCAUUCAAAACAAAUAUCUGUUAACAUUUUGAUGACUUUCCCAUUCAACCUUCUUGUUGUGUACAUAAACAUUUAAAUAGUUGAGAUCAUAUUAUGUAUAUAUUUUUGUAUCCUCCACUUUGCAAUGAAAGUUAAACUACACAUCUUUCCUCAUGUUAUUAAAAGUAAUUAUAGUAGUUAUAAACAUACUCCACAAUAUGGAUGCCUGUAAUAUAAUUUAUUUUUCUGUUGUUGGACAUUCAUGCUAAUCAAAAUUUUCCUCACAGAACAUCUGUUCUCAUUUCGAAUUGUUUUCAAACUAGGUUCCUAGAUUCCUUUUCGUCUCUUGUUGUCUUUCCUCUUCUUUGAUUAGAUCACUGUUUAUCAUUCCAGGAGUGGAGAGUGUCUAAUAUUGACAAAAACUCCCAAGGUGGUGUGGAUAGGCUUACCCCACCUCUCCCCAAGCUCUGGUUAAGAGCUGCAAGAUUAAAUUAAAUCCAUAAGGUCACUCUGUGGUGACUGGGAGAAAACAGAAGGAUCAGAACCAUAAUAAAUGCCCAAAUAAUUGUGACAUACUUUUUCCCACCGAGUUAAUUAAUUAUUCAAGCUUCCUGUGCUUGCAUCUAGAAUUCACAAAGUAGAUGUCACCAACAGUAGACUUUGUUUUUCUGCUUUCCAGAAUUUUCCUCCAAUUUGGGGAGGUUGGAGGCCUGGGUAGUGCUUAGCUGAAGCUCAACUUUGAAAACAGAAUUUGCACAGUAUUUUGGGCUUGGGUUGAUUAUGAAAGGAAAGUUUACUAGGUUCUUUGUGGGAUACUAGGUGAUGUGCUAUCAUGCAGAGAGAAAGGAAGUAGGGAAAGAAGUAGUUCUCCAUUACGUUGUUUUUUAAUACUUCUUGCUCAACUAGAGCACAGACUCAGUGUGAGGAUAUCUGGCUUUUUAAUAUCAGGCAUAUUAUAUCAUUAUCUGCAUCAGAUUUCUCAUUUGUACAGCAUAGGACUUUGACUCUCCUUAAAGUUGUUCUCAAUACUAACAGUAUACCAUUUUCUCUGCAGUUAUCUGGCACACAGGCCUUUUUUUGAGAGAACAACUCUAAGUUUAUACAUCAUUUGUACCCUUGCUGUCUGCUCUGGUCACCCUGUCCUUGGAAAUUAAAAAAAAAAUGCCACAACUAAAUGCUUUUAUUAUGAAAUGAGAGUAGCUGAAAAGAAAAAGACUAUUUAACUUGAGCAACCAGAAAACAACAAAAUAAAUCAAAGAAAGUAAUGGAGAUGAAUUGUUUGCUCAGAAACGAGGACAAUCUAAAAGCCAUCUUUACCAUUCUGUUUCCUGUCAGUGUCAACGCAAAUGAGAUAGGUAAGAAUCAGAAAUAGAUAAAAUAAAUUAGAAAGUAAAAAGAUAACAAGAAGUGGUAAGUAAAGCCAAAAGCUGUUCCUCAAGAUAUAUAAAUGUUAUAGAGAAAACUCUUGUAAGACUCACCAAGAAAAAGAAAAAAAUUCUUUUUUAGGCCAAAAAAGGUAUUCAUAGAUAUGGAAGAGAUAAAAGAAUCAUAAGAAGAACUGGCUAUACUGGGGCAGCAUGUGCCUUUCUGGUAGAUUUCAGUGAUGAUUAACAAAGCAUGGGCACACGUUACCACUGUAAAAACAAUGAACAAUCUUGGUCUCUCAGGUUCAAUGUCUAACAAGGACAUCCAUCAGGCUGUCUGAAUAGCAAUGUAAAGUUGCCCAAGACUAUGCCUUAGAGUUGCUAACUGUAUUGGCUAACUGUAUACAAAACAAGCUUCCUUUAAAUGUGAAAGGCACAUUUGUCUCAGCUGGAAUAAGCCAGGUUUGCGCAGGUGCUGUUUUAGAGUCCUGUCAGGGCAAGACCCACAGUUGAAACAUAUAAUUGCUACCAUAUGUUUUUCUAUUUGCUUAUAGCUUGUUGAGUGUUUGCAGCUGGUAUUUCUAUUUGAUUUGCGUGGCACCCUGCCCCUCUCAUUCUGUCUGCCUUCAGUUACAGAGUUUCAUUUUUACUGGUGCAGGCAGGUGGCAGGAAGAUUAAGAUCAUUUGUAAGGAUAGGAUGUAUUUCUGGAGUGUUUAUUUAUGGGUCAUAUUAGGUAUUAAAAUAUUUUGGAAAACUACUGUCAUUAAGACACAGCAAAAUAAUAGUAGCUAAUAUUCAUUGAAACUUCCUGGGUUGCAAGACAUGUUCUAAGCAUCUUGUAUGUACUAACUCUUUAAUCCUCAUAACAGUCCUAUGAUGUUUAGAUGCUAUUAGUAUCCCCAGUUAAAGCUGAGUCAACCAAGGCACAAAGAAACUUUCCUGAAGUUACACAGCAUAGUCAAGAUUUGAACUCAGGCAGGUUGGUGGGAGAGACUGUACUCUUAACUGUUACAUUAUUGCCAUGUAAUUUUGAAAAAAAUGAUCAUGUAAUUUUGAAAAAAACGAUAGGAAAAUAUCGUUUACAUUUUAGAGUGGUAAAGUCUUUCUAAACAAUCUCUAAAAUUAAAAUCUUGGGCAUGGCCAAAGACACUAUGAAGAAAAUUAAAAGACGAACAACAGACCGAGAGAUAUUUUUUGUGAAAUAUAUAUAGAUUAUUGAUAUCUUUAAUUUAUAAACAAUUUUUCUAAGUCAAUAUGAAAAUAAUAUAGAAUGCAAUAGAAAAAAGAGACACAGGAUAUAAACAUGCAUUUCAGAGAAAUACAAAUAGAGCAAAUAUGGUGAAAAGAUGUUGAAGCUCACUAAUAAUUAGUGUGAUACCACUUUUCAGCUAACAAAAAGA